UGUGACGUCAGGACGCGAUCACGCAGUCCAGAGUCACAUGAAACAUUUCACAUCCGAUUUUUUUUUUUUCUUUUUUAAAUGUGCUACUUUGUGUCUUUCUGACGAGAAAACUUCAACCGCAGAAACUAAAAAGUGCUCUUAAAGCUGCAGGGAGUUUUAAUUCAACAUGGACGAGGACGGACUGCCGAUUGUGGGCUCUGGUGUUGAUCUUACCAAGGUCCCCGCUAUUCAACAGAGAAGAGUGGUUGCCUAUCUCAAUCAGUUUGUUGUGCACACAGUCCGGUUCCUCAAUCGUUUCUCCACAGUGUGUGAGGAGAAACUUUCCAACAUUUCUCUUCGCAUACAGCAAAUAGAAACAACCCUGUGCAUUUUGGAGGCCAAGCUGUCCUCCAUUCCCGGACUGGAGGAUGUCACAAUAGAAGGAUCCAGUCAGCAGCAACCUGUUCAAUCUAAUGGACCCACAACCACAAUUCAGAGCCAGACAGAAGUUCCACCUCCAGCCGUUCUGCCUCCGCCAGUGACUGCUCCAGAGCCGACAAUAACAGAAAGAAUAGAAGAAGACAACACGGCUGCAGAGAAUGUGAUGACAGUGUGCAAGGACCCGCGUUACGCACGAUACCUGAAAAUGGUUCAAGUGGGAGUUCCGGUUUUGGCUAUCAGGAAUAAAAUGGUCUUGGAGGGUUUGGAUCCAAACUUGCUUGACACACCCGAUGCCCCCGUGCCAGACGGAGCAGCAGGGGCGACCGAGGAUCAAGAUGUCGCUGCCACCAGCUCAGACAGUGAAUCGUCCUUCAGCGACUGACAUCGCACGUCCUCCGCCCACCUCAUCUCAAAAGCUUUCCUGUAAAAGCCGAUCUGCGUCUCUGUCGGCCUGUGCUCAGAACAGAAGUAGGUUGCGGUGCCUGUAAAGACUGAGAGGGUGCAAAUGGAAGUGCCUGAAACAGAGGAGUCAGUGUGAGUGUCAUUUCAGUGAAAGCUGACAUAGUCUGUGACCUCGUCCAUUUUGAUACAUUUAGCAUUUUUCACCGAUGACUACUGUUGAAAUAAAAAGAAUAAACUCCUUGUUGAUUAUAUUAGCAGUAGUCUUCAUAAGGUGGCAGUAGCUUUUACCUUUUGUACUGAAAGGAAUUCAAAUGAUUAAAUGCUGUUGUACAGGGUCGGGUUAAAAAAAGGACCAAAAA